AUGGGUGAGGCUACCAACCUGUUUGGCAUAUAUGUCAAUGAGAUGCUUCCCCAUCGCCCCUUUGUCGUGUUUCCCAAAGAAACGACGCCAGCCUCCCUUCGCUUCCAGAAGCCCAUAUUGUUUCUUGCUGUCCUCGCUGCAGCUGCAGGCGCGUUCGACGAACAGCUCGACAUGACACUUCAUCAGCAGGUCCAGUAA